AUGAAGAGUUUAAGGCUAUCUAACUAUUGUUCCUUUAAAAAUAUUCAUGAUAAAAAGAAUAAUACGAACUUAAUUUAUUCUACAAAGAGUUCUUACGACGAAUAUAAUGAUGAAAAUGUAAGAUCAGGUUCUUUUUUUUAUGAGCAUAAAUUUAGACGUUAUAUGUUACCUAUUUUUGGUAUACUGUGCAUAAUAAUAUUGAAUUUAUUAAAUACUAAAGGAAUAUUGUCCAAUGAUAUACAAUGCAGUUAUACAUUUUCAAGGAAUUUGAGUGAGAAAGUAUUAGCAGAGGAUAAAUUUUUUAAAAAAUUAAAUAAACGAAAACUAAAACUGUUAACUAAGGAUUAUGAAGAGUGUAUAAAAACUUCAUUAAAAAAGAAAUUGGAUUCUCAUAAAAAUGAUGUAUUUAAUAAGUAUCCAAAUAUAUUUAAGGAUUUAUUGAAAAGUAACUUAUGGAAUCAAUAUGAAUUAACUCCAUAUAUAUUAACUCAAAAAGGAAUAUAUUUAAAUAAAUUUGAUCCUGAAAUAAAUAAGAAGAUUAUUUUAUUAAAUCAGGGAAAGGGGAAAAUGCGAAAAUUUGAUUAUAUUUUUUCUCUUGCACUACAUAACGAGAGGCUUAAAUUUAAUUUUUUAAAUGAAUAUUUUAGUGACCUUUAUUCUGAUUUAAGAAACACAUACAAAUCACCUUUACAUUAUGCAAAGGAAACAUUUGAAGAACUAAAUAAAUUUGUUUAUAUAGGAAACAAAUAUGUUGUAAACAUAUGUAAUAAUGCUUUUAAAAAAUGGUUUAAAAACAAUGAUCAUUUAAAUAUCACAGAAUUUAACAUACUUCUUAUGGCAUGUAGGUUAUUUUGGAGAAAAACCUUAACACAAAUAAAAGAAGAAGGCAAAGAGUGUCUUAAUAAACCUUUUAAAGCUUUAGAUAUCGAAAGGAUAAGAUAUAAGGCCAAAGGUGGUAAUCAUUUGUUAUUUAAUGCUAAUGAAUUUUAUGAAAAGAACCCAGAUUUAGUUACUUACAAAGACGCCAAUUUCCUUAAUUCUUUAAAAGAUCUAAAAAUUGAUUUAGAUGAAAACUGUUGUGAUGAAGAAGAGGAAGCAAAGAAACUAAAAGAAAGAGAUCAACAGUUAAUAAAAGAAAACCAAAAGAAAAUCCAGGGAGAUGCAGAUGCAAAUGCAACUACAGCUACAAAUGCAACUACAGCUACAAAUGCAACUACAGCUACAAAUGCAACUAAAGCUACAAAUGCAACUACAGCUACAAAUGCAACUACAGCUACAAAUGCAACUGCAACUGUAACUGCAACUGUAACUGCAACUGUAACUGCAACUGCAACUGCAAAUAAUGACAAUGAAGAUUCUGAAGAUUAUGAAGAUUCUGAAGAUUAUGAUGAUUAUGAAGAUUAUGAUGAUUAUGAAGAUUAUGAAGAUAAUGAUGGUUAUGAUAAUCAUGAUGGUAAUUAUAAUAAUGAUGGUUAUUAUAAUAAUGAUGGUUAUUAUAAUCAUGAUGGUUAUUAUAAUCAUGAUGGUUAUUAUAAUCAUGAUGGUUAUUAUAAUUAUGGUGGUUAUUAUAAUUAUGGUGGUUAUGAUAAUUAUGAAGGUGUAUAUCCAACAAAACAGGGGACAUAUAAUUCUUAUUAUGUAUAUGAAAAGCCAUUUUUUUUAACCCAGGAAAUGCUGGAACAAAUUGAAAAAACAGUUGAAGAAAAAGUGGAAAGAGAAGUUGAAAGGAGAGCUGUAGAAUCAGUUGAAGAGAGAAUGAGAAAAACGUUUGUAGAUGAAAUAAAAGAUAGAAGAUUAAAAAAAGUACGAUUUAAUAUAUAA